CCAUGAGUUGCUCGCGGCACCUUUCAUCUUCUGAGGGGUAUAAAGUACUGGUUAGCAGAAAUGGACGCGAAAGAAAUGCCUCUGGGUAAAGAAAUGGGGUCCCUAAAAAUAACCCCCGAGAUUCUAAAACAGUUCCUGGAGUUAUUCAAUCUUUCUCGUCAGGACUUUAUAGAAACUUACAAUCUUCAGCCUCUCGUCUACACGCCUGAACUGCCAUACGGAGUAAAAACUACCUUUGUCGUUAUGUAUGUUUUCAUCUUUUUAUUAGCUCUGGUGGGAAACAGCCUAGUAAUCUACUUGGUUGUGAGAAAAAGGACGCAGCGAAACGCGACCAAUGUUUUCAUCUGCUCCUUGGCAGUAAGCGACCUUCUCAUCACCUUCUUCUGCAUCCCCUUUACGUUACUACAAAAUAUCUCUUCGGAGUGGUUGGGGGGUGCCUUUGUAUGCAAGAUGGUCCCGUUUGUACAGAGCACAGCCAUUGUGACUGGCAUUCUAACCAUGACAUGUAUUGCAGUGGAACGCUACCAGGGAAUCGUUUAUCCACUCAAAAUGAAAAGACAGUACACAUCUAAAAGGGCCUUCAAAAUGCUGGGAGCCGUGUGGGCUGUUGCUGUCAUAGUUGGGCUUCCCAUGCUGUACGUACAGCAGCUGGAGGUGAAGUAUGACUUUCUGUAUGACCACCAUCAUGUCUGCUGUCAAGAACGUUGGCAAUCACGAGGCCAUCGUAAGGUUUAUGCGACAUUCAUUUUAGUGGCUCUUUUUCUUCUGCCACUAGCUGCCAUGCUGUUUCUUUACACGAGAAUAGCUUUUGAAUUAUGGAUUCGCAAGCGUGUCGGGGAUUCCUCUGUGCUGAAUGCCAUGAUUCACAGCGAGACCAGCAAAAUCGCAAGAAAGAAGAAACGUGCUGUGAAGAUGAUGGUGAUUGUUGUUCUCCUUUUCACGGUGUGCUGGGCUCCCUUCCACACAGUGCACAUGCUCUUUGAAUACAAUGACCUUGAAAGUGAACACGAUGAAGUGACGGUCAGCAUGAUCCUUGCCAUCGUUCAGGCUAUAGGAUUUUUCAACUCAUUCAACAACCCCAUUGUUUACGCCUUCAUGAAUGAAAACUUCAAGAAGAACUGUGUGGCCACUUUUUCACAUUGCUUAAGAAGGCCAGCACCACACUUACAGAGGCCAACAAACAAGGAAAGGGAAACAUUAAAUAUUCCCGUUUCCAACCAUUCAAGACAAGAUCAUUUCCAUGAUGAUACCCAGACAGAGCUGAUUGAAUUCAAGUUGUCAGAAAAAAACGUGACUGACCCUGUCUAGUGGAAGGAUAGCCGACAGCAUGAAUUGACAUGAUCAGUGCUUCUCGCUUUAGAUGGCACUGGAGCAAAUGAAUCUAUGAGUAACAGGAGAUAAUCAGACCGAGCGCUUAGAAUGGUUACCUAUUCUGUCGUAUAACAUUGUCAUUAUGCAUUGAGUCUGGCAUAGAAUAAAAUGCGCCCUGCACUUAAUUGGCACCCAUUGCCGCUGAAUAGGCUGCAGUUCUGCUGACCUUGUACCGUACUGUAAGUCGGCUAGUGAGCUCCUGUACAGUAAUAGCAUGAACACUGAACUGUGACGCCAUUUGGAGUUCUAGCCACCAAUCAGAGGAAGGCUAAAGAAAAGUGGCCAUCACACUUGGUAAACACAAUCAGUUGGUUUACAAACGUCUCACUUUAUGCUGGCCAGUCGUAAUUAUGUCAUCUAACUGAAAUAUCUGUAACAUAACUGAACAAAUGACCUCUUCGAAUGACGAACAAUGGGCAUUUAAUUUGAAUUAUAGCCUUUAAUGUUCACAAGAUACCUAUUAAACCUUGAGGAUGAA